AUGAUUUGUAACAAAUGUGGAAAAGAUUUUCUAUCCAGAGGAUUAUUGGUUGCGCACUGCUGCAGGAGUUUGUUACCUGAAUUAAAUGUUUAUAACAGAGAUAACCCAUCAGAUGAGAAAACCGAUUAUACGGGCCAUGUUCCAUUAAUAUCUCAUGAAUCCUUCAAUGUUAUAGAUGAGGUAAAUGAUGCAAAUUCCACUUUGAAUCAUGAGAAAACAGAUGACAUUCCUCAGGUUGUAGGAACAACAUUGAUAGAAUUAACUGGAAUUGACAUCGACUGUUGUUCAAACUUGGGACAUAAUGAUGGGUCUCAUCCUGAACCUCAUUCAGAAAAACCUGGUUUCAAUGUUGAUGGGAUUGGAUGUUUUCAAAUAAACGAGAUAGACUUGCCUACAUGUUCAAAAAAUACUGAAUUUGAUGCUGACAACUUCUCGGAUCUGGAUCAAGAUGAUUCGGAUGUUGAUCCAAAUUGGUGUCCAGAAGACGAUGGCUCCAACAAAAUGACAAGAAUCAUCAAACAAUUUCGUCCUGCCACUCCAAUGACUCCUAAUAAUAUUGUAUCACAGGAAGAUACAGAGCACAUAAUACAUGAGACUGCAACUGAGGAUUCAGAAAGUUCAGAAAGUGAGGGAACAGUGACGGAUAUGGUGAAGAAGAAACGGAAAAUAGGUGUGAGACAACGUGAAGAAGAACAGAAGAGAAAACAUUUAGGGCUGACUUAUAAAAAUAGGAAGGGAAUUUUACAUCCAGCAAAAGAAUUCAACAUCAUAGUGCAAUGUUGUAAAAAGAAAUGCUUCGAGAAUUGUUCUCCUGAACAACAGAAAAUGAUUUGGUCUAAUUAUAACAAUAAACCUCCUGAUUUGCGUAGAGGCACGAAGGGAGGAAAACCACAUAAUCGAGCCAUUACUGUAACCUACUCAAUUCUCUUAGGAUCCCAAAAGGUAGUAGUGUGCAAAAACUUGUUUACCAAAUUACAUGGCAUAACAUCAAAUCAGCUGAACCUUCUCGUUAAGAAACUCAAUGCAUCAGAAGACGGGUUCAUAGAAGUAGAUUCGAGAGGAAAACAUAUUCCUCCUAAUAAGUUGAUCGACGAGCGGAUUGCAAUCAGAGUAUUCAUUGACCAAUACCCAAGACAUGAAAGUCACUACUCACGGAGAGAUAACUCAAAUAAGAUAUUCUUACCAAGCCAUCUCACUAUACGCCAAAUGCACAUAGAGUACAAGGAAGAAAGAACGAAAAUGGGAUUGCUGAAAUCUGCAAGUUAUGAUGUUUUCCGCAACGUUUUCAAUCAAACUGGUUACAGGUUCAAACAACCUUAUAUUGACACUUGUCGUAAAUGCGAUGAAUUCAAGGCUCUGAAAAAGAGUGCUACUACCGAGGCAGGAAAGGAAAACCUCAACCAGCUCCACAAUGAACAUAUUAUGGAAGCUAAUGAGGCAUAUGAAAGCAAACGGAAAGAUAAAGAAUCAGCUAAAGAAGAUAAUAGUAGAAGGGUAUUGGUUUUCGACCUGCAACAAGUUUUACCAGCUCCGUAUCUGUCUACCAACAUAGUCUACUAUAAGCGGGUGUUGUCUGUUUACAAUCUUACAGUUCGAGACUAUUGUUCUACUGAAUCAUCUAUCUGUUUUAUGUGGCAUGAGGUAAUUGGAGGAAGAGGAUCUGACCAAAUUGCUUCAUGCAUUUUUAAGAAGAUUAUGGACUUACCUGAUACUGUUCAGCAUGUCACAACAUAUUCAGACACCUGUGGGGGGCAGAAUCGGAAUGUUAAUAUGGCAGCAAUGUUUCAAUACGCCCUUCAGAAGAAACUUACGAUCGAAUUUGUUGAUCAGAAGUUUCUAUUACCUGGUCAUACACGACUUGAGUGUGAUAGUGACCAUGCAAGAAUUGAAAGAAGUAAGAAACAAAUCUCAGAUGACUUCAAAAUAAUGGUGCCACGUGACUGGUGUCAAUUUAUCCGUUCGCUUAGAGGAAAAUCCAAAUUCAGCGUGAUCGAUAUGACUCAAGAUGAUUUUCUGGCAUUUUCCAAACUAUUAGGUGAUAUUCUAGUGAAAAGAACGUGCGACACUGAUGGUGAUAAGGUCUCUUGGUUGAAAAUCAAGUGGCUUAGAUACACGAAAGAAUUUGGAAUUAUCAAAUUCAAGUACACUCUGGAUGAAACAGUACCAUUCAAAACAUUAGAUUUGAAACGGGGCAGAAUGAGAUGUAGGACAUCGAUCGAUCAUUCUUCAAUCGGCGCAGUUCCACGUUCAUACAGUGGUCCACUGGGUAUAAAUCCUUUGAAGAAAAAAGUAAUAUAUAAUAAUAAUAAUAGUUUUAUUGCCUUGAAACAUAAAGUUACAGCAAGGGUUUGGUUGGGAACAUAA